AUGGCCGCCCUCUGGGUUGGGUCAUUCCCAGACGGCGCCGGGCGCACCGCGCGCGAUGGCGCCGACGACGGCGUCAGGCGCCGCCGCGUGCUCCAGCCCGCGGAGUGGCUGCGUCUCGACACCUCGCGCAUGGCGCUGUACGCGGAGGGCGGGGGCGCGAAGGCGCUGGCGUCCUCGGCGGACGCCUCCGCCAUCAGCGUGCAGUGCCUCGCCCGCGUGGGGCCGGGCGUGGCGCGCAGCGGGCGGGCCGACCAGUGGGGCGACGAGCACAGGUUGAUGCUGGACCUCUUCGGGAACCCGCCGGACGCCUACGCGUUCAAGGUGGAGGAGGUCGCCACCACCGUCGCCCCUGAGCCCUCCACCUUCGGCUUCGCGCCGGCGCCGCGCGGUCGCCCUCGUCAGGGCGGCCACUCCGACCACGUGACGGUGCGGCUGACGAGCCCGUUGUGGGAGUUGUACUUCAACAGGUGGGAGGGCACCGCGUCCGAUCUCAUGUUGAGCAAGGAGCCCAGGACUUCGUGGUCAUGGCACAGUGACGCUGCCAACCGCGAUCGCUGUUGCAAUCACGUGCAGAUGAUGUCCGAGUCGGAGUCGGAGUUCGACAUUGACACCAAUGGAUCCGUGCCGCCACCUGGCGUCAUGUCCGCAGCGCAGGUGCUCCAGGGGUGGGGCGUCGAGCAGGCUCCUGAAGACUUGCCUGUCCUUCUGGUGCCGGAGCCGGUGGCUUGCUUGCUCUCGCGCGGGCAGUGGUCAUCUCUUUUGAUCAGGGCAUCUUGGCGCAACCGUUUGAUCACCGAGGGCGGCAUCAUGUUGAAGGGCGCGCCGCUGCACGCUAGCCUCGGCUGGCCUCCGCCGGAUGCUGCCGUCUGGAGGGCAGCUGCCGGGGCUGCGAUGGAGCCCGAGGACGAGGAAUUGCGGAAGAUCGGCUCUCUGAUGCGGCAGUUCGCCCAGGGCGCCAGUGAGGAGCAACGACCCUUGUUGAAGGAUGCAGUGCUUGCAGUUGACGGUUGGGCACAGCAGAUGGAGGAGGCCGCCGGCGACAGUGGCAGCUCUCGUGGAUAUGGCAAGUACCGCCACUCGACCGAGAAGCUCAUGUUGGCAAUUCGGACGUCGUCUUUGUUGAGAGGAGGUGCGUCUGGACUUCACGUCGCUGUCCAGCGCGCGAUAGCAUUGGCAGCUCCAGAGUGCGUGGCCAGCGUCAUUUGCAGGGGGAUCGAGGCGAAUGGCGACCGCAGGCAUUUCCAGAAGUCCACGCUGCCAAGCGUGUCCACGAUUAUGCGUGGAGAGCUGUCCCUAGACAUUGCGAUAUCCUUGCUUCGCCGCGCUACCUACGACCCAUCCGCGGUGAGGUUCAUGUGGAGCGACUCCUCUCCGCUCUGCGGUUUCGACUGGCUGUGGGCGCAGGUCCACGAGAUCAAGAGGAGCGAGGUCGUUCGCAUCUGCAGGGCAUCCCACGAGUUGAUCCGCGCCACCACGGAGUUCGCGCGGGCGCGCUUGGAGCGGGGCGACUCGGAUCCCGUGCCGCUGUGCCCAGCUUCGGCGUGGCAGCCCCAUCUCGACGCUCUGCUUGGCAUUGAGGAGCACAUCUAUCCGCCGACGUCGCUGGCCAUGGGGAUGACAUCGCUGGCAAACAAGGCCAGCGCCCUCUGCCACCAGUGGGGCGUUGAGCUGCCGGAGGGGGCCACGCUGUCGGAGUUCUCGAAGUCUUUCGUCUCUCAUACGUCGGACAUGGGGACAGAGAUGAGUCUGCCAGACUUCUACGUGCGCAGCCUCGACGACUUGGCGGCGCCGUGGAUGGAUCGGAGCUCGCUGAGAGCAGACUUGGACGACAUGGUGGUGGACGGUGAUGGGGCGCCUGCAGAUGGCCCCCCCGCCGCCGAUCUUCCUGCAGCUGCCCCGCCGCCGGUCGCCCCGCCCGCUAGCGACCUGGGCGACUUCGGCCUUGGAUCCGAUGGUCUUCUUGAGGGUGACCCCCCAGCAGCCGAGCCUGCGGCCGCCGCCGCCCCUCCUGCAGCCGAAGGCGGCCCUCCGGCAGUCGAGCCCGUCGCAGUCGCCCAGCAGGAGUGCUUCAUGCCGAAGGCCAUGAGCAUCUACGGCUUCCAGCAUCUCACGAACAACCUGAACGGCGACGUGCACGCGUCGCUGUCGCACUGGGAGACGUUCUACGCCGAGCUGAAGGUCCUGGCCGCGCUGCUGACGUGCAAGCCCAAGAGGACCCACUUCGUGGCCACGUGCUUGCAGGGCACACCGCACGAGCAUCGCGCCGGGGACUUCAAGCAGUUCGACGGCAGCCUCUACGAAAAACGUUGGAGGUAG